GAGCAAUGAAAAAAAUAUCGCAACAGCGAAAUCUACGGAAUGGUAGAAAACUGUUUAAAAAAUAAAAAAAUUGAAAAUAAAAGCGCCAAACAAAUUGAAAUUAGGUGGAAAAAUUUAAAAUAUAUGUACAUAAACAUUAAAAAAGAAAAAAACAAAAGUGGAAAUAGUGCUAACGACUUUCUGUUUUUCGAGGAAAUGGACGAGCUGAUGGGUAUGAGACCCUCAAUAACAACAUUGGAAACAGGAGUAGAUACUUCUUGCGAUGUAGUAACUCCCUCAACAAAUGACUCCUCUAACACAAAUAUAAACCAAGAAGAUUCGGAUGAGCUGCAGCCGUUACCAAGUCCAAGUGGUUUACAAAAUAAUUCCAAACGUAAACGAAAAUCAACAUCUGAUGGGUUGUUAGAAAAAAUUAAUAAAAUGCAGAAAGAUAUCAAUGAAGAUUUUCUGAAGAAACAAAAAGAACUUAUAGACUAUGAAUACAAAUUAUAUUCACAGCAAGAAAAGGAAAGUCACAUGCAAAUGAAAAGUUUGCUAAAGGAAAGCAGUGAUAAUUUCUUGUGUGCAAUCAAAGAUAUUUUCAAUGAUAAUCGUAGCAUAGAUACUAUAAAUUUAGAUAGCAAUAAGGAAAAUAAUAAAAGUGAUAAUCAUAGCGUAGAGACUAUAAAUUUAAUUACAAAAAAGGAAAACAUUGAAACGAGUAAUUAUAAUACAGAGACUAUAAAUUUAAGUGAAUAUGAGGAAAAUAUUAAAAAUAGUUUAAGUUCAUAUUUCCAAGGAUGGAUAGACUAA